CAAAAAGAAAAUUCAUGCAGAGAAUGCUUGUUUGAAGGAUCUAAAUCCAGAGAAAGCAGAGGCCUCAACAUGUUCCCAAAACCCCACCAUCAACCACCGCCCCAUUUCCAGCCCUUUCCCCGCUCCUUCGCCGUCGCGGCCACUCCGCCACCGCGCGAUUCUUCCACCGCCGCCGAUGACGAUUCCACCACCGGCCACUCGCCUCUCACGCACGCUAUGCUCCCCAAAGAACCGGCCUCCGGCGGCGACGGAGCUUCUAUCGAGGUCGUUCGCCGUCCCCGUGGUCGACCUCCGGGAUCCAAGAACAAGCCGAAGCCAGCCGCCGUUGUCGUCGCUGCACGCGACGCCGAGCCGGCGAUGAGUCCUUAUGUGCUCGAAGUUCCUGGCGGCAGUGAUAUCGUCGAGGCUAUUUCCCGAUUCUGCCGCCGCAGAAACACAGGGCUCUGUAUUCUCAACGCUUAUGGAACCGUCGCCGAUGUCACACUCCGGCAGCCGUCCUCAUCUCCGGUGGCGACCGUCACUUUCCAUGGACGAUUCGAUAUCCUUUCCGUCUGCGCUACUUUUGUUCCUCAUACGACGUCGUUUCCAAUCCCUAACGGAUUCACCAUCACGCUAGCAGGGCCGCAGGGCCAGAUCUUCGGCGGUUUGGUUGCCGGAGCUUUAAUCGGCGCCGGAACCGUCUUUGUAAUAGCCGCCUCAUUCAACAAUCCCUCCUAUCAACGGCUUCCAUCAGAGGACGAGGUCAGAAAAUCAGGCUUCAGCGAUGUCGAAGAAGGUCACUCUCCACCGAUCUCUGGUGGAAAAGAUAGCGAAAACACCAACGCCGCAGCCGAUACCUGCGGCCUGCUGCCGAUGUACAGUACUCACUCUUCCUCCGACGCAAUAUGGUCUCGACAACCAGCGGCGCCGUCGCACCAUCGCCAGUACUAAUACUUCGAUUCCCCUGUUAAUUUGUUGAUCUGAAUCUCUCUGUCUCUGUGUUUUGAAUUGGUGAAAUUUUGUUGUGGUUGGGUUGCGGCUGUGAUUUUUGUUGUGAUGAAAUUAAAAGUUGUUUAGAAGAUGAAAACUGUUUGAAGGAAUCAAGAGAGGAGAGCGUUCCAUGAUCGGAGAUGGAUUAUUGGUUCUUGAAAUUGGGAUUGAAUGUUCAUGAAAUUAUUGGCUGAUGGGUAAUUGGAAGCACUGCUUUUAUCA